GAAUCCAAGCCUCCAAUGAUAAAUUGGACAUUGGAGGGUAAGAAGGUGGGUUCGGUGCGGACUACAAUGAUUUUGAAGAAAUCGGAAGCCGCAAUCCACAUCUUACCGGAGCAAGAUGUGGCGAGGUAUGUUCACGAGGAGAUAAAGCCCAGUCCUACAACAGUGAAGGCUAAAGUUGAGGAGGAAGUUAGGGGUAAAAAAUCAUUGGGGAAGAAAAGAGUCCAAAAAGAGGACGAAGCUUAUGAAAAAUUGGUGAUGUUGAAUGAAGCCUAUGAGCAAGCACUUGUUGCUCGCGGCGUUGAUAUUUUGGCUAUUAAAGCCGAAGCUGAGAAAAAAUUUGCUGAGGAGAAACGUAUAAGGCAAAACAAAGGAGAGCCACAAAUAGAAGAGGCAUUGAGUGAAGGUGAUCAAACCCGAGAGAUGGACAUUGAACUGGAGGAGGCUAAAGUUGAGGCAGAGAAAGAAGAAGGAAAGGGAGAGGAGGGAGGCAAAGAAGGUGAUCAAACCCAGGCCAUGGGCAGUGAACAGGAGAUAUGAUUGUGGCAUACAUGCGUAUUUUUUCAUUAAGGCGAUCCUCGAGGGAAGGGAGGUGAUGGACAUUGAAGUCUUGCACAGGGAGUCGCAUAUGCUACGGGCUAGAC